GUCUCUAACUCCAUUUUGGAUGAUACUUAUGAUAAAAGAGUAAAAGCGUAGGGAACGAAUUCCCGAGUCAAACAAUAGUCGUCCAUCCAGAGCGAGAAGAAGGCCAAGUGAAAGAACAAACAGUGUCCCAAUUUGUUCAUCUUCUCCGUCGGCUCUGAUGGCUCCGAAACCUAUUACCAGUCCCGUCCCCGAUGCGUGGUACCCGACCCUAUCGGUUGUCAUGCUCUCGAUCGGACUCAUCGUCACCGCCUCCUUCUUCAUCUAUGAAGCGACCUCCUCGAGGAGAAGCCGCAGUCUUGCUAAGGAGCUGAUAACUGGAGCUGUGGCAUCAGUAUUCUUGGGUUUCGGAUCUUUGUUCUUGCUACUUUCAUCCGGUGUCUAUGUCUGACUUUUAAUGGAAUUUUGAUAAGCCAGAUCUGUUUUCAUGAAGUUUUGAUGUAUCAACUUGUUUGGUUUAAAAUAUUGUUGUGGUUUCAGAAAUGGCUACAAUUCUCAUUUCUCACCAUGGAAGGGUGGUUUUUAGAGAGAUUAUAAAUUAGUAGAGUAAUAAGUGGAGAUUAUAAAUACUGUUAUGGGUUUUUUGCA